AAAAUUGGCAAGUCGUGAAAGUGGAAACUUAAAAUAUUCUACAAUGUGGUUCAAGGCGUUGAUUCUUUCCCUGGCGGUCGUGGCCGUUCUCGGAGCAGUGGCUCCACCCGCCUUCCAGAUAUCGGAGGAGACAUCUUUGGCCGACAUCUUGCUGAACUCUCCUGCUUUCCGGAACGCUGAAACCUUCAACUUGGGCUGCAUUGACUUUUACGUUCCGGAACUUAAGGUCCAUGCCGACAAGUACGACGAUGAUGUAAAAGUUUGCCAGGAAGACUACAAAAAGGGCUUCGAGGGUAUCGAUGCCACUUACGCCUUUUCUCGCAAUGAGCUCUUCGACUCGCUCCGAGGAUCCUGCAGUGCCCUGCUCGGCUGCGACAGCCAGACUACCAACUCUGGCGCCUUUACUUGUCUGACCAAGACGUGUCCCGAUGAGAUCAAGUCGAUAAACAAAAUUGCUGACAAUGCCACUGAUCUAAACAAGGAAGUCGUGGAAAAGUUCAACGCCAUCGAGACCACAUUGCUAAACUGCCAAGUCCUGGCCCAGCGCACCUACAGGACCAACCAUGGCCAGUGUCUGGAGGAUCUUAACGGUUGCCUGGAUGACCCCAACUGGGAAUAUCCUGCCAGCACCGCUCUUUACUAAGGGUUUAAGCCUGAAAUUGUACAGGCGUGAAAGUUUCCAAUUAAAUUUAUACAUAAAGUUUGAAAUUUGAAUGUUAAUGAACAAGAUUAAAGUUUUAUUCAAGAGACGAAUAAACCCAUAUUAAAUGAAUCUAUUAAUCGAGA